UGUAAAGAUGUGUACUGGCGGAGAGGAGAUAAUGUGCCGCUGCCGCUGCCGCCGCUGCUACAGCUACGAGAGUUGCUGUGAGAAAGGCGCACGUCUCGCUAGUUAUGUAGCGGUUUCCUGUCCCUGAGUCCCGGCCGGAGGCAGUAACGCGGCCGGCCCCUUCGUGCGCCUGCAGGGCAGCGGCUGCUCGGGCUUUUUCUGUGCGAAGAAAGAAAGAGCCUCGCCGGAGGAGCGUCGAAUUUUUCCAAAACAAAAAAAAUGAGGUCCGCGGCGGCGGCGGCGGCGGUGAAGUGAAGAAGUGAAGUGAAGUUAAGUGAAGUGACCUUUAAUUUUCCUCCGGCUCUUGCUCUUCUCUCUCUCUCAUGGCGAAUUCGCUCGACUGUCGGGGCGGCGGCGGCGGCGGCGCUGCUGCUACUGCUGCUCUCUUGAUGUUGGAGAGCCCGGUGCGCGCCUCAGACUCAGCCUCAGCCUCAGCAGCAGGGGCCGAGGAGCCCGCGAGCGUCACGGCUAACGGAGAGGUGGCGGCGGCGGCGGCGGCGUCGGCGUCGUGCGGGGAAUCGCGCUCCUCUUCGGCGGCGGCGGCCGGCGGCGGCGGCGUUCGCUUCCAGCAGCAGCAGCAGCAGCACGUACCGCCGCCGGCACCACCGGGCUCCUCCUCCUCCACCUCCUGCUGCCCGCCCGGGCCGCGGCGCUCCGCUGCGGACGACGACGACGACGACGAGGCUCCUGCUCCUCCUGCUCCUCCUGCUGCUCCGGCUGCCGCGCGCUCGCCCGCCGCCUCUUCCUCCUCCUCCUCCUCGCUGAGCCUCGCGCGCGACGAACUUGGCUGCAGCACGGACGGCGACGUUUGGAAGUGCGGCUACCUGAGGAAGCAGAAGCACGGGCACAAGCGCUUCUUCGUGCUCCGGGGCGCCGGGCACUCGGGUCCGAGCCGCCUCGAGUACUACGACAGCGAGAAGAAGUUCCGCAGCAGCCUGCGGUGCGCGAGCGCGUGCGCCCCGAAGCGCGUCAUCUACCUGUACCAGUGCUUCACGGUGAACAAGAGGGCGGACGCCAAGAACAAGUACCUCAUCGCCCUGUACACGAAGGACGAGUACUUCGCCGUGGCGGCCGAGAGCGAGCGGGAGCAGGACGAGUGGCACGCGGCGCUCGGCGAGCUCAUGAGCGAGGGCAAGAAGGGCCGCGCGGACGCGGACGAGCCGGACGACGGCUACGGCCCGGCGGCGGGCCCGGGCGCCGUCUUCAAGGAGGUGUGGCAGGUGAACGUGAAGCCCAAGGGCUUGGGCCAGACCAAGAACCUGACCGGCGUCUACCGCCUCUGCCUGUCCUCCAGAAGCAUCCACCUGGUGAAGCUCAACUCGGAGACGCCCUGCGUCAACCUGCAGCUCAUGAACAUCCGCCGCUGCGGCCACUCGGAGAGCUUCUUCUUCAUCGAGGUGGGCCGCUCCUCCUCCAUCGGGCCCGGCGAGAUCUGGAUGCAGGCGGACGACUCGGUGGUGGCGCAGAACAUGCACGAGACCAUCCUGGAGACCAUGAAGGCCCUGAAGGCCUUCGCCGAGUUCCGGCCGCGCAGCAAAAGCCAGUCGUCCGGCUCCAACCCCAUCGCUUUCAUCACGACGCGCCGCCACCUGGGCAACCUCCCGCCCAGCCAGACCGGGCUGCAGCGCAGGUCGAGAACGGAAACGGUGGUGGGCACGCCGCCGGCCAGCAAGAGCGCCGGGGUCAACGGCUACCGCUUCCGCACGUCCAGCGAAGGCGAGGGCACCAUGAGCCGCCCCUACCGCUCCGUCACGGGCAGCUUGGUUCACCUCAACUCGGCCAGGGUCGGCUUGGGCCGGCAGGACGGCGCCGGCCGUUACGCUCGGGCCCCGCCCGCAUCCAACUAUCACACGCGCUCCGCCUCCCUGCCGGUGUCGCACUUCCCCUCCAACACGAGCCCCGUGAGCGUUUCCAGCAGCAGCGGCCACGGCUCGGCGGCCGACACGCUCACGAGGCCCUCCAGCGCCUCCAUCUGCGGCUCCCCGAGCGACGGCGGCUUCGUCUCCUCCGACGAGUACGGCUCCAGCCCGUGCGACUUCCGCUACUUCAGGGUGAGGAGCAGCACGCCCGACUCCCUGGGCAACACGCCCCCCAUACGUGAAGAGAACAGCUUGAGCGACUACAUGGCCAUGGAUCGGCGCCGCGAGGCCCCGAGCGGCACGGAGAUGCCUCGGGAGGAGGGCGCCUGCGAGGAGAGGCCGCCUCGCAAACUGCCUCACUCCUCCAGGCAGGUGGGCAGCGGCGUAGCACCGGUGUACCAGAAGAUGACCCAGACCGGCUCCUCUUUGGACGAGUCUCCGUCGGACAGCGGCCCUUUAGGGAGGAAAGGAGCGCAGAGCUGCGUGUCCCCGGGCCAGUCAGACUGCAGCUCCUGCACCAAGCUGCUCCAUGCUGAUGCUGAGAGAAGAGCUAGCGACGAUGGCUAUGUGCCGAUGAUGCCGGGGGUCGUGCCCUCCUCCCCGGCGGAUUACAUGCCUAUGCAGCCGAGUUCGCGGGUCCCGAGAGCCGCGCCGCCCUCUUCCCAGCAGAUGGACACCCAUGGUUACAUGGUGAUGCUCCCUGGUAGCAGCUGCCCACCGGCGCAGACUGCUCCUCAUGAUAGCAGAAGCCGGCUAAAAGACGGCGAGUAUAUGGACAUGUCCCAGGGUAGCAGUUGUGCCCCCCAGCAGGUGGCGAACGAAGGCUAUUAUGCGCCCUCCACGCCAGAGACCCCCAAAUCCUACAGCUCUUACUUCUCCCUCCCACGCUCCUACAAGGCCCCCCAGCGGGACAACCACAGUGAGUAUGUGCCAAUGUGCUCCCCUGCCAAGCCCGUGUGUGCUGCAUGCGAGUGUGGGGGCGGCAUCCCCGGGGGGGAUGUGUCACACCCCUCGGACAGACAGGCGGUGCGUCCCACCCGUCUCUCCUUGGAUGGACAGAGAGCGGGCGAGGCGGCCGAGCCGCUGCCCCCCCCCAGCCCGGGAGAAUACAUCAACAUCGAGUUCGGCGACCGGCCGCCGUGCACCCCGUGUUCGCUGUCGACCGAAGGCUCCCCCUCAUCGCUGGGCUCCGUCAGCGAACACCGGCGCUCGCCGCUGCACGACGACUACAUGAGCCUCCCGAAGGCUCCCUCCCCCCGGCUCUCGCUGGUGGCCCCCUGGAACCCACCCUGCUACAACAGGUCCGCUGCGCCCACCUCCAUCCCCGUCAGCAGCAGCGGCCGCGCGGACGACUAUACGGACAUGACCUUUGGCCUGGGUGGAAAGGGCGCUGACUCGGCAGCGCGGCAGCGCGACGAGGAUCCGCGCUACCCGCCUCUGUGCCCCCCCAGCCCGCGCAGAGAGCCGAAGGUGAUCCGGGCCGACCCCCAAGGCCGACGGAGGCACAGCUCGGAAACGUUCUCCUCGUCUCCCGGCGGCGACGCCGGGGGAGGGAUCGCAGCCCCCGAGAGCCCCCGUGUGGCGGAAGCCCCCAAGUGGCACAGCUCGGGCUCCUUCGACAGCGUUUGGCUGCGUGUGGAUUCGGCGGCGACCCCCCCGCUUCCUACGGAUGCCGCUCGCGGCCCCGCCGGAAGAAUGUGCCAGAACUCCUUUGCCGGCUAUCAGAACGGUCUCAAUUACAUCGCGCUGGACCUGAGGGAAGACCUCCCCCCUGCUCCCUCCUCACCUGCAGAGAAUGGGGCCUACGCCAGCAUAGACUUCUCCAAGUCGGAAGUUCGGGCUUCCGUCUCCAAAGACUGAAGACCGUCGGUCCUGGUGACGGCGUGGGGACGCGGCUGCGGGAUCACACUCCGAGCCCCUCUCUCAAAAAGGACCCCGGCAGUCAAAGCACCUACACUUUUGUGCCCCUUUUCUUCUACGUAGAGUUGGUGGUCCUGCAUUGCAAAUACAUUUUGUCUGCUUGUUUUUUCCCCAGAUUUUUGCUCCUUUUUUUUUUUUUGUCUUUCUGACGAGCUGAAUGGCAGGUCGUCGCUGAACGGAAACGCAACACGACUCUGCGUAGUUUACAGGCACUGCUUUAUAUUACAUUUUCAUAUUUAUUGCUGCUUAGAUGGAAACUUUGCAGUUUUGUUUUCUUUAUUACUCAGAUGUACGGAACUUUUUUUAAAAAAAGAAGAAAGAGAACCAUAUAUAGAGUAUAUUUUGGCUGUCUGGAGUAUUUCCUAGUGACAGUUUGGGUACGAACACACCUCCGGGCCAGUGUGACGGUGCGGCCCUUGGCUGGCUGGAGGUGACGUGGAGGAGCUCCAGUAACCCAAACCCGAAACACCAAGUGCAGCACUCUGCACAUUCCUCUUCUGUUGGAGCUCCGUGGAGAUGCAUAGCAGCAGGCAGAUCACCCGCCUAGUGCUUACGCACGCCCCCCUGUCCCCACCCCCACCCCAAGUAUGCACUCGACUAAUUGGGCGGGGGGAGCGGAGUCAGGGUUGCAGACCAUGUCGUCUAUUCUUAGGCUCAUCGACUCCGAGAAGCCCACCGAAAAGAGUUGCAAUAGUGACGUAAUAACCUGCCGCUGGCCUGUGCGUGUAACUUCCAGAAGGUUUUCAGCUUCAUGGCUGAUCCAAGUGGCCUUCGGCAGCACGCGACGUUUCCGUGACCCUGGACUUACGACGUGUGCGUUGGUGCCCUAUUUGGUGUCCCGAAACGGUGUCGGAAAGGUCCACAGGCCCCUGGGAGAAAGUGCUUUUGGCACAAGGAAGUGCUUUGUGUUUUUGUUUGUUUGUUUGUGUGUUUUUUGUUUUGGGGGGGAGGGGGCGGCAACUUUUUUCGGAGGGAAAGCCGCACUUUACUGUCUGAAUCCCAGCACAAGAUGAGCCGAUAUGCGUGGGGAGAUGUGCCCAGCAUCCGAACUGCAUAAACACAGGCAUCUGGUGUAUUGUUGUACUUGUCAUUAUAAAAGCUUUAAGUCCCCCCCCCCCCAUGGGACAAACGGUUACAUUUUAGUUCAGCAUGAUGUGAUGCUCUUAUUGCUGCUUGACAAACAAGACAAGAAUAGCACAAAUAAACACGAGUGACACUCUGUUUUUCCACCAAAAGUGGGAGUGGGGGGGGGGGGGGGUGGUUGGGACACUCUCUGCCUUGAAAAGGUCUCUUCUCCACUUCAAGUCCCGUACAGGGUUCCAGAGGUUCUCCAGUAGUGUUUCUGUAUGAAGAAUGCUGUACAAAAUCAACCCAGAGGACCGUCUAGUUUUUGUGCGUAGUUGUCUCCCUUCCGUCUCCAACUUGUGGACAAAUGCAGGCUGGUGGCGGUGAGCUGAGACGCUACUCUUACAAGGUACUCAACUUCUUCGUCGGAAGAAACCCCCCCCCCACGUGCCCUUGUCAUCGAUGAUAUAACAGAAAUUGAAAUUUACUGGAAGCCCUUAUUUUUCCCAGACGUCAGCCGACCGGUUCCGGCGAGAGGCUCUGUUGUUACUUCCCACUGGUACUAAACGGAAGUCUCCACUGAUCAAAACGGUACGGUAAUUUAUGGCAGUGUUUAAAAAAAAAAAAAAAAAAGGGAAGAAAAAAUUUCGGUGGUGGGGGUUUGUCAUAAUAUGACCUGUUCAGAUUAAUGUUUCAGAUAUUUAACAGUUUGGCCUUGGAUGCACUACAUUAUUUCUAUUUUGUUAAUAGGCAUUUAGUUGAAAUGUCAUGAUUUGGAGAAACAGCACUGAUUUAAAAUGAAAAAACCUCACAUCUACUGAGACUUACAGGUACAGCAUACAUGUUAUGCAAAUUCAGUUUUUUUACUCUAUUUUGUAUCUAGUUUACAAAGCAGAAAUAUUCUCAAUGGUGAGGUAUUGUGUUGAAUACUUGUAUCAAUUGAAUAUGGGGGCGAUUUCAACACAAUGAGGGGGUUGGGGGGCGGGGGGUGCGGACGGAUACUUUCAGCGAGAGCGUCGGCGUUCUGCACUUCUGUACCGCCGUAACCCUGCAGCGCGCACACUUUUCCCAUUAUGACGCGGUAUUUGCUGCUGUGUGGUACAGAUGACUAUAAGUGAUGCUGACAGUGUUGACGCUGAGACGUUGUCAGUGCUCUUUUUCCUGUGUGUAACUUUUAGUUUUUUUUUUUUUUUUUUUUGAGCAACGUACUCUACGUAUGUGCAUUAUUUCUCCGGUGUGUGAACUGAGAAAAGACAAAAUAUUAAUAAUUCAAAUGGUACUUGGCUGUGUCUUCCACUGUAAAUAGUCAUCGUUUCUCAUUUUUUGGAGGGAUUAUGGGUUACAGUUGAAGAAUUUUGAACAUUGUACAGUGUUUAUAUUUAUGAGGUUUUUUGCUUUCA